AUGACAAUGGACAUGCCUGCUGCUUCUACUUCAAUGGCCAUGGACCACGGCGACAUGAUGGGCGGAUGCAAGAUUUCCAUGCUUUGGAACUGGAACACGGUCGACUCAUGCUUCAUCGCUGAGUCGUGGCGCGUCACUUCCAAGGGAAUGUUCGCCGGCUCCUGUAUUGGUGUCAUUCUUCUCGUCAUGUCCCUUGAACUUCUCCGCCGCUCCGUCAAAGAAUGGGAUCGCUAUCUCCUCCGCCAGCAUGCCGCCAAGUUUAUAGAGUCGUCCUCUACCGGUCGACCUGGAUCCUUUAAUGACAAAGAAGGCAAUGCUACCGUUGUCGAUUGCAACAAUCCUGUACCCCCGUUCCGACCCAAUGUUUGGCAGCAGGCUAUCCGUGCCCUCUUGCACAUGAUGCAGUUUGCCGUGGCCUACUUUGUCAUGCUGUUGGCCAUGUACUACAACGGCUAUUUCAUCAUUUGCAUCUUUAUUGGUGCUUAUCUUGGUGCUUUCAUCUUUCAAUGGGAGACUUUGAGCCUUUCCAAUGGUACCAGUGCUUCUAAGGAGGCAACAGUUUGCUGUGGUUAA